AUGUCUGCCCGUACUUUUUUAACUACUGGUAAAAAGAUUCCUACUUCUUCUUACUUGACCAAUGGUGGUACUAUUGAAAUUCCUUCAGGUUGUGAAGUUCACCAUGAAAUUGAAUUGGCUGUAGUUAUGGGUAAAGAAACACGCGAUUGUCCCGCUGCCAAAGUAAUGGAUCAUGUUGCAGGUUAUGCUUUAGCUAUUGAUUGUACAGCUAGAAAUCUUCAGAAUGAAGCUAAAAAGAAGGGACUUCCUUGGAGUACUGCUAAAGGAUUUGAUACAUUCUCUCCUAUUAGUGACUUUAUUCCUAAAGAUGCCUUUUCUGAUCUUUCCAACAUUGAUCUCUGGCUCAAAGUCAAUGGUGAGUAUCGUCAAAAGGGCAAUACCAAGGACAUGAUUUUUGAUGUGCCUUCCUUGAUUGAGUAUGUUUCUUCUGUCAUGAAAUUAGAAGCAGGCGAUGUUAUUAUGACAGGUACUCCUGCUGGUGUUGGACCUAUUAAAGCAGGCGAUGUUGUUACGGCUGGCAUGAAGCCUGGAAAUGCUCAAGAAGAUAUUGUCACUUUAAAGUUCGAUGUAGCUGAUAGACAAGGAUUAUUUAAAGCUUAA